CUGCAACAUAAUUGUGAAAUGUCUGGGGGUCGCAGAGGACUGGUUUUGAAGACCUAGGAAUGAAUAGGUUUUAAGUUUCAGUGUUUUAAAAUGAAAUAUCAAAUAGAACAACAUUUACAUUUAUAAUUUCUACUUCAGCAAAAUUUGAGAAUUGGUCAAAACUUUUACCAGGCACUGUAUAAUGUUUAAAAACAGAGUGUUGUUUUAACAUCCCUGUUUACCGGAUUUACUAGUUUAACAAGAUGGCCAACACGGAGAAAGAGGCAGUGCUCGUACCAGUCUGUCCCUGUCAGCCUGGCAGUGCAGGUUCCCAACGCAGAGCUGAGAGGGUCUGAACGACCACAGAAGGAGGAGACACAUUGAACAGAUAAGUGUGCUUUUGUGGUGAAAAGAGAGAGAUGGUGAAGACAACAUUGACGUAUUAACCUCCGUUCAGAAAUGAAGACAGUUUAUUCCAGCACACGUUAAUCCAUGCAGUCCUUUGCUUCAUUUAUUUUUUAAUACCUGUGUGUCAACAUGGAGGACUUAGAACUCAUGGAACCUUCCAACCAGAGUUGUUCCUGGCCUGAAGUGGAUUAUGGUCAGGUCCUCAACGUCUUCUUUAUGUUGUUUCUGUCCGUGGCAAUAACAUUGGGUAACGCGGUCAGCCUGACUAUCUUCCUGGGCUCCAGGCAUUUCCGAACCCCCCAGGGGUACCUCAAGGCAUCUCUGGCCACGGCUGAUUUAUCAGUUGGGGUGCUGGUCAUCCCUUACUCCAUCUACACUGAGACGGAGACUCUGCUGGCUGGGAGAGAAGGAUCCCAGACAAAGGGUCUCGGUCCCUGUUUCCUGAUAGGGCCUAUAUUUUCUGGAUGUACAUUAGUUUCAGUGUCCACCAUCUUCCUGCUGUCAGUUGAGAGGGGUAUAACUGUGCUGAAACCCCUCCAUAAGAACCUGAUGGUGACCAGAGAGAGGACCCUGGGUCUGAUCACUCUGUCCUGGUUGUUCUGCUUCCUCCUGGCUGUCUCCCCUCUAAUCCUCAGUGACAGUGUCACGCUGGAGUACAACCUCUGCAGCAAGAUGUGCAACUAUGCCCUCUCUCCACAGUGGCAGUGCUAUCAGGAACAGGAGAGCACGAGCAGGACAGGGUGGAGCGUGAUGCUUCUGUUUCCCGCCUUUGACAUCUCUCUCCUGGGUGCCACGAUAGUUGUCAACCUGGUCACCCUCGCCGCCAUCCGCCGCUUCUGCCGUGUUAGGAGGCGUGCUCUCACCAAAGCUCAUCCCACACACUCGGGCCCAACAUUCUCCCACCUGCGAGCGGCCAAGACUAUCCUCAUCCUCACGGCGUUCCUCUUAGCCUCGGUAGCCCCCACGGCAGUUCUGGUGGUGGCGAGCGUUCUCGGUCUAAACUGGUGCCGGUUCUCCCUCUAUGCCUUCUGGGCGCUAGCCUGCAGCAGCGGGUGGAACGUUCUGAUCUACAGUGCACAGGACCGACGGUUCCGACAGAGGGUGAGGGAGCUGUUCCUGGGUAGAAGAGGCACCAGGAGAAGGACACAUCAGGGUGCCGAACCUGGUGUUGCCCCGGCCGUGGCCGUAAUCAGGAAUGCCUUGACCCCUGACAUCACCCUGACCUCGGUGCUCACCCCAGAGAUCACCAUCAGACAUGACGUCACCAUUAAAAAGAAGACGGGGCACCCUGGCUGAACUGCCGACACAACGCAAUAAUAGUCUUAAAACAGUUAAAACCCCACAAUGAUUCAGACGGUGACAUUUGUUUUUGGACCUGUAGUCUAGCACUUUGGAUUGGAGAUGGAUAUUCUUUGCACGCAAUGAUUGUCUGAAGUCUGCGGGUCACAGACAUCUCCAGAUGCUGGGUGUCUUCCCUAGUGAUGCUCUGCCAGGCCUAUUCUGCAGCUAUCUUCAGGUUUUAUGGGCCUUCCUUGGUCUACAAGGUCCCAUUGCUGCACCAAACAAACUCUUCUUUCAUCAUUUAAAUGUAGCGAAUGGUUUAUUUCGGUCCCUGACCAACAUAUUCAGUUGGAUCUGUCUAGAAUCAGUACUAGACUUUAUUGUUUAUACAUUAACAUUCCAAGCUAUGAAGCCAACUUUGGCCCCCUAAUAAUGUGCUGAAUUGUUUAAAUGUUAAAUCCGAUUUGGAUGAAAAUAUCCUCAAAUUAAAGUUGUCAGUCUGCACAUUAACACAAUAGUCGUUGUAUCAAAUUCAAAGUACUGGAAUACAGUGUAAUGAAAAGAAGUUUUAGAAGAAUACGUUUGGUUUUCUGGAAACUCACGGUUUCAGUUAACAUAGUUUUAUUAUGAGUAGAUUAUGUGAUUCAUAUUGGAUAUUAUAAAUCUAUCUGGACGAUUUCACAAAAUAUUGUAAACAUGAUUAACUGCUAUUGUCUUGGGAAUUAAUGUUCAAAAUGUUGUACUUGUUAGAGCGGAUUCAUGGUUCAAUAGACCUACUUCUUGACUAUGUAGGCAAUGACACAUCUAAUCCAUUCAUUAUUUUAUAUAAAGAAGAAAGUUGUCCAGGGUUUCUCUCUCCUCUGGCUAUCAAAAUCAAAAUGUGAUGCUAGCUGAUCCUAUGUAAAUAUAUUGUAUUUCAGAUAAAUAGCAACCAAUUAAUUGUGAGUACACAUACAUAACAUCAGCCUUGCCUUAAUCGCCUCUCUCUUUUUUGUUUAUGUUUACUACACCAUGAAUUCCUACAACUUUUCUGAAAGGUCAUCCAUCUGAAAAGUCACACCUUGCAAACCAAUCAUUGGUUAAACAGACAAAACAAGUGUGACAAUUGAUUUUAGACUACUAAAACCAAGAGAUCAGUGCCCUCAUGUCACCACCAAUCAGGGUGAGAUCACUUUUCAUUACAGAGAUACAGGUUUCUUUUGUAAAGCCUUUGGGUUGGGAUUAAUUCAUGCCCACUGUAACAAUGUUUUAGGCAAUAUUUUCACCCUCUCUGAUAGUUGUAGGUUUUCUUUUAUUCACACAAGAACAGUCUGUUAGAUAAUUGGGACAUUAGAAAAAGAGCUACUGUGUAAAAACUGCAAUGUUGGUUUGAUGGAAUUUAUCACUUUAUUUUGACAAGACAAAAAAAAUAAACAGGAAAAAUAUAAACUUCAUCAAUAAACCCUGUGAUUAUCGUUGGCAAAAUGGGGAGCAAACCAACUUAACCACCAGUUUAGGCCUUAUUACGAAACAUUAAUUACUGUGAAAAU